UUUGAGCCGUGACGUAUUUACCAACAGGGACACGCGAGUUUUCACACCGGUGCUCCAUCCCCUUGCGAGGCGACUAUUUGGGGAGAUAAACCGCGCCUCGCUCUCGAGCCGCUCUGACCGUUCUCUCCCCGUCAUCACGCGCACUUGACAGUAAGCUCACCUUCCGGCUGCUCAGUCCACCUCUGUCCAGCAGGAGGGAAAAAGCAGGAGUUCUUGCUCCAUCCUCACUUUGACCACCAAGAUUGUGAAUAACUUAAAGUGGUCUGGAAGUUUUUGGACACGUUCUCCAAGAUUAUAAAGUGAGAUUUAACCCGCAGCUGAGGGCGUAAAAGAUGUUGGAUCGUUGCAAACAAAUUUCAAUGUCAUGGUUCUUUGGAUGCCUGCUGGCUUGUCUAUUGGUGACUUCUGUUGUCAAUGCAGACGGUCGAGUGUUUGUGUUGAGCCUGAGGAACUCCUCUGGUCAGGAGGGCUUCAGAGAUGCUGAGCGGGCUUGUGCCUUCCAACAGGCCCGCUUAGCAUCCACACAGGAGCUCCAUCACGCAGUGGUUGAGUGUUUCUUCUCCCCGUGCACCCGUGGGUGGCUCUAUGGAGGAUCAGUGGGGACCACGGUGUGUAAUGUUGUUGGUGGUGCCCUUAAAGCAGUGGAUGUGAGAACAGAAAACGCCACAGAGGACACAGCACACCUCAAUGCCUUCUGCAUCAAAGCCAGAGAUGUACCGUGUGGUGACCCUCCAUCCUUUCCAAAUGCCCGUCUGCAGGGGCACAGUGGGUAUGAGAUGGGUGAUGAGCUGCUGUACACCUGUGUGCCAGGUUAUUUAAUGCCCAGUGGACACAAGGCUUUCAGCCUGCUGUGCGACAGCUGUGGAGAGUGGUACGGAAUGGUGGAGAUUUGUGUCAAAGAUGAAACCGUAGGUCAUAUAGACUAUGAGGACAAGUUCCCGGAUUCAUAUGAAGAAGCAGAGCACCACAACGAGAGACCAGCAGAGGCUCAAGGCGAGGUGUACGAGGAGGUGCAUGGAGCUGCAAACCCAAGUCAGAAGCCGCAGGAGAUGGGCUUCACUGCUGAAGUGGAGGAGGAGCCUCAAGACCAACGUGAAGAGCAUACGGUAGAAGGAGAGGUGAUUGGUAUUAGAUUUGAAGGAAGAGAAACAGAUGAGGAACGGCCGGUUGAGGACUUCAUAGGUCACCCGAGGUGGCAGCAGGAGAGGAGGGAGGUGGUCACCACUGAUGUUGCUCCAGCCACACAAGCACCUGUGUCCCUCCUCUCCCAGAAACACCUCUUCUGGUUCCCCUCUGAGGCCUUCCAGGAAGAGGGCCAUCCUGUCUCCUCUAAUCCAUCUACACAGACCACACAGAGAGCCUCAGGGGCCCAAUCAGAGGAGAGCAAAGAGCAGGAGAGCCAAGAGAGGAAGGACCAUCACCAGCAUUCUGUUCCUGUUGAUGACCACGAUCCUGAACCUGAAGAUGAUGAUCAUAAUACAGAUGAUCGAGAUGAUCGUAAUGACAGCCACCACCAAGACAAGGAUGACCACGAAGACAGCCACCACGAUGAUCAAGAAGAAGCGGAUAGUCACCAGGAAGAAGAUGACCGUGAUGAUCAUAUGAAACAUUACAUCCCAGCUCAGGACCGCCAUGAAAAACAUGAUGACCACGAUGACCAUUAUGAUAUGGGUGAACACGAAGAGGAGCGAGAACACGUCCGCUACGGCAGCCAGGAAUACGAUGAUCGAGAUGAUACUUAUGAUGAACAUGAAGGAUAUGAGGAUCAUGGGGAUUUGACAGGUGAUCAUGAGAAAGAAAGUCAAGAACAUCCGGACGGGUCAGAGGAGCACCCAGACCGUGAUGACCAUGAUGACGGCCAGCAUGAGGAGCAUUACGACCUGGAGGGUGAUGACAAUGAGCAUUAUCCUGAUCACGGUGGUCACGAACAUGAUGACCAUGACAGCUAUGACGAUCAUGAUAGCCAUGAAGAUUUCGAUGAUGCUCACCAGCAUGUUAUCAUUUCUACAGCCAAAGAUGAUCGUCAGAACAUUACCCAGAAGGCAGCAGGUGGAAAGGUGACCACAGAUGACACCUGGCUGGAUGGCUACCCUGUUGUUCGAGUGGAAGAAAAUGAUGAUUCCACAACAGACGGACUAAGACCAGAGGACGAGGAGAGGGAGACAGUUGUCAGGACAUCAGACAAACCCAAUGAGGUGGAAAUUCGUAGACCUGUCCCUUACACAAACUUACCAGAAGUCUUUAUGUCUCCCACUGACCCUUCCUUAGUACAAAGGGGUGUGGAGGAGACGCUACCUGGCUUCACCUACACCGCUGCACCCUCACAGCCUUCUGACUCCCCUUCUCACCCUGACACCCUAGACUACGACACACAGCAAGCCGCUCCCACCCACUCCUGGCUUGGUGGCCCCACUGAACACCCCUACCUCGACCAAGACCCAGCUCAACCAAUGCAAGAUACGGACACCCUCAGCGGAGUGAUAGAGGAGCACACUUUGCACAACCUUCCCGGGGAGAAGGGUGAGAGGGGGGAGAUGGAGGGGGAGAUGGGGGAGGCAAUGUGUAUAGGGGAGAACUGCUCUUCUCCUCCUCCCAGCUCCUCCAGCCGAGGGCCCACUGUGGCCGCCAUAAUUGCGGUAGUGUGUAUGGUUGCUGCUGCAGUCAUCAUCGGGGUGUGGUGUUACAGACGGCAACAGCAGAAGAGCUCGAUGUACGAGAUGAAUGGGAAGGGCCAGAGUCAGAGCAGGCAGGGCCAACACAUAGAGAUGCAGCAGAAAGUGUAAGAGCAGGAGGCGAAGAUGGAUGGACUCUGACAGAGGACGGAGACAUUUGAGGAAGAUUGGGAAGAAUUUGAGAGGAAACAGCUCCUCAUCUUGCUAGAAAAUACUGCAAAAGUGAAGAUUUGGGGUAGGUUCUAACAGAAGAGUUGUGCUAUAGUCCUGCUUUGGUGAGCAAAAACUUAUCCAUGAUGAGAAAGUUGUAGACAAUAGGAAGAACUGAUGCAGAUACCUGAGUCCGACAAGAUCGUAGCAGUUCUGCCUCUCCCACUCAUCCACUUUAGGUUUUUACUCACCUUUGUCAUACCUACCCAGUAUUUUCAAACCCUUAACAUCUCACUGGAGUUGUGUCUGGACUGGACAUUACUCCAGGGACUGAAAAUAGAGAUUAUGAGGACAAGACCAUGUAGGAAAACCACAAGAAGGCUUGCCUUCCCCGCCUGAACAUAUGAACCAAGACUUCAAUCUCCAAACCUCUUGGACAUUGUGGUAAAGAUUCUGUGUUGCCUUUCUGUAAUUUUUGUUGACUUUGCUGAAUGCUGGUUUAUUAUUUUUAUUGAUCUUUGUUCUUGAUUCUGAAUUUUUAGUUUGAGUAUUUUGUGGUUUGAACUGUUUUUUUUCAAUCAUUUUUGUCCCAACACAAGGGCGCUCGAGUUCAAAGCGCUUUGGAUCCUCGCAGAUUUGGGCAGGUAGUCCUGAAUUCACAACUAGCCUCCUUUCAAACAAGCAUUAACAGAAGAAAGGACGAUGAUGAGGGUAAAAGUAGAUGAGAAAGAGCUUAACAGUAUGCAAGGAAGAUGGAGGAGCCAGGGAAAGAAAAAAAUUUGGGGGAAAGUGUGAGAUGGAAGGUUGACCGGUGUAACCUUCAAAGUCUCCCCACCUCUGUUGGUUUUGACAGCCGGCUGGUGAGCGAUAUGAAACGGGGGUCUUUCGAGACUUGACACUUAGCCGCCCUAUAUAAGUAUGAGUUUGUGUGUGUGUGUGUGUGUGUGUGUGUAUGUGUGUAUGUGUGUACGUGUGCAUGUGCGAGUGUGUACGUGUGCAUGUGCGUGUGUUUGUAUGCUUGUCUGCGUGUCUCAGGUCUGCCAGUCAAUGGUACGUCAUUUGCUGAUGGCAUUCAGACCGAGCAGAGAUCAAACAUUGUGGUGCUGCAAUGCACAAAGAGGAAACUCAAAUCCCAACACCCAAUCUCAGAGCUAAGUCUAAAUUGUUUCAAAUAUCUUUGGUGGUAUUCAAUCAAUAACUUAGUUUUAUAAAUAAUACGAGAGUUGUCGAUGUCUUUGGAUCCGAACCACAUGACCUAAUAUAUAAAUCAUGACAUGUCCUUAUUUUACGUUAGCUUACUUUUGGCCACUGAAAAGACCAAAGUGGUUAUCUUGAUCACACUUGUCUGAUAAGAUUUGUUCAUUUAUCCUCUGGUCUAGUUCUUAUAAGUGAUUGGUCAUUAUCCUUAUCUAAAAUAUUUGGGAAAUUAGAUCAUGAUCUAGAAAUAAUAGAAAUUGCUGUAUGUCUACAUGUAGCUCAUGUUAAAUUCUAUAAAGUAGUUUUACUGUCCAGUACCAAAAACUGAAGGUUUGUAUUUUUUUACAGUGUACUGUAGCUGUGUGUGAUUCUGUGAUAUUUAAGCUCCUGUUUCUGUGCUGGGCAAAAUACUUGAGAGCAAGGCCAAAUACUAUCACGAAAUGUUUGUAAAAAGGUGCAACUGUAAAUAAAUUCAAGUAAUCAUAAAAGAAGUCAAAGAUAGAUUUACAGUAUGUGAUUCUGUUCAUGUAUAAAGACCACACAAUAAGUUAUAUGGCAAAAACUAGAACAAAGUGCUUCACUCUAGAGAUGUCAAAAGUGGCUUAGACAGGACACUGUCUACAUUAGAAUUUAAUUUUCCUUCAUACGUCUCCUACACAAACAUCCAGCUUACUCUACUUAUCAUUUAAAGUGUUCAUUUUGUUAAUUGCUCAAAAGGUUUCACAAUAUUUCCUUUUCAAUAUUAAUGUGUCUAAAAUUACACAUGAUGUGAAGACACAGGGAGCACAUGUCUGUAUGUUUCACUUAUUAUGAAUUAUUAAAACUUUCUGUAUAUAAAUAACCUUAACAGAUGUGGAAAUAAAUUUGACUUAUGUUUCUUGUCCAAGAAUCAAGCACUGUGGACAGAGGAUGAUAACUUUUCAUGUCUGAUACAGGGUCUGCUAAUCUCCACUUUGUCUGUUGCUGUAAUGGGAUAAUAAUGACCUGAUCACAUACACAAAGAUUGUUCAAAUACUAUCAUUUCAUUUGGGAUUUAGGGAAAAAUGAUGACACAUUUGGAAGCAACUUUUUGAAGUUUACUCAUUCUCAUGAUGCUAAUAAUUUAUCAUGUCUGUUACUUCAUCUCAAAAAGCUGGAUGUGUGUGAUGUCAGGGUAAAAUGUCGACCGUUUCUUGAAGUCACAAUAAAGUUCUAAACAUUU